AGUCAUCGGUCGAGAUUACUUGACACAAACGUCGUGAGUAAUGGCUUCGGCUGUAAAUUUCGGAAGAGGUCUUCUUCUGUCAAGUUGCAGACUUGGCUCUAACGUUAGAAAGUAUUUGCCAUUCUCAGGUGUGAAAGAGUUAUGGAGCCAAAGAAUUACAUUUAAUAUUCAUUCAAUAUGCCGUCUUAGCCAGCAAGCUGGCCUGGGGUCAAGCAAACCAUGGCAACUAGCAAGCGCAGUGUGCCUGGAGAGGUUUCCGGUUGUCUGCCAAGAAGAGAAUGGGAUUGAACAACGCUACAUUGACAUGAUCAACAAUGUGGAGUUGGAGAAGAGUGCCCUAUCCCAGCACGAGUUGUCUGUGGCAGCAGACAAGAGGAGAAUGGCUAAAAAGCAAUCUGGAGAGCAAGACGAAGAAGAAAAGGAUGAUGGUGGAGAUCUCUUGACUGCCCUCGACUUGGAGGAUAUAGCCACAGAAGAGUUAGCAGGAUUUCAGGUAGCACCAAGACUUACAGGAGCUGAUGAGAGAGACGAAAGACAUUCCCUGGAUCGUGAACUCUCAAAUAAACUAGUGUUGAUAGUCAAAUGCAAGAUGGGAAAGGAUAGUGUGUGGCUGCUUCCAUAUGGCAACAGAGCAGAAGGAGAGACUAUGAAAAAUGCAGCUGUGAGAGUGCUUGGGGACCAUGCAGAUGAUUCAGGAGCUCUUAGGACUCACUUCAUGGGUAAUGCACCUGUUGGUUUCUACAAGCAACGUUACCCCAAGGCAGUCCAAGAGCAAACUGGAAAAGCAGGUGUCAAGGUAUUUUUCUUCAAAGCCCAGUACGUAUCAGGAAUAUUUGAGAAGAAAACAGACUCGCCAGCUGUAGAAGACUACCUGUGGGUAACUCAAGAAGAAUUACAUCAGUACCUCUCAGAACCAUAUCUACAAUCUAUCCAGAAAUUUAUGUUGCCUUUAUGACAGUGCACUUAUCAAGAUUUAUAUUGAACUUAUGUUUUGAGAAGACACUUACAUGUUUACAUGGUAGAGGAAUAUUGUUGGUAUCCCUUCCUCUGAACAUAGAAAGCAGAAUCCAACUGGCCAACCUUUAUAGUCUACAGUCUACAGACUCACAGGGAAUGUAUUAUAACACUAUGGCUUAUAGUUGAUAGCCUAGCUGGUGUACUCUCUGUAUCAAUAAACAGAGAGGGUAGGGACACAAUAAUCCUCAGGGUCUUGUGAUCAAGACAGGAUGUUCUAUAUUACAGUUAACAAGGAUUUGUACUUGCUCAUGACAUGAAGAAUAACCUUUCAGUGGAGAAAGCCAAGUCCACCACAACAGGAAGUUGAUGUGAAAAGAUAGAGGAAACUCAAAGAAGGAAUAAGGAAUUUAGAAUUUUUGUGAAUUAUAAAUUCAUAAUCAAAUUUUUCAAUUUUUGUGUAUUUGGAAUGUCAACCAAGCUGCUAUGCUAUACUUACAUCAUAGAAGAAGUACGGGGGAAAAAAUGUAUCCCAUAUUUCCAAGUAAUAAAAUCCAUACAUGUGCAAAAGAAAUCAGCAGUUCUCUGCUUAUCACCUGUGUUGAGCAGAUAACAAUUAAAAACAAGCAAAUUUGUUCAAUGCCGUAAUUUUCUAAUUCUACACCCCAUUUUGAUUGAAUUUUAAACUUUAUGGUCAUUAAUUCCGUCUAUUAAUUCAAAGUCUAAUGGACUUUUAGGAAAGGGGAUCUUAAUUUUUAUUAGAUUAGUUUUAAAAUUAGGAAUUGAAGUACUCAUUAAAAGAAAAUUAAAGUGACAUGCAGUAUUGCUAUGCUAGUAGUGAUUGAUAGAAUGCUUCAAAGCACUGGUAGUAUAUUUUCCCACAAGUGGAAAGCUCAGCAACAAAGCUGAGGAGACUUGUUUUGUCACCUGAAUACAAUAAAAACAGUCCAAUCAUAUUUGCUAAACAGAUGGCACAGAAAUGUUUUGUCUACAGUUGCUUGGAAAAACUUGUGACAUGAAAUCUUGAUGUUAUAUGUCUUUCCCUGCAAUUUCAGAUUUUUGUUUUAAAGACUGGAAGCCUAUAAUGGCAUAUCUUAUAAAUGAUGUAAUUUUUUUGUUUACCAUGUCUAAACUUAAAACAUCAUAUAUAGCUCUGUUUUAUCAUACAUGAAUUAUGCUUUGUACUUCAUACAUUCAUAUGUACCUCUCAACAUUGCCUAAUUAUCGUGUACAAUGAUUUUGAAUAUGAAAUACAUCUAUGAAUGUAUGUGUAA